AUGUUGCUCCCUAUUCGGUCAUUGCCUCGGACACUCGUUCGCUCCUACGGGACUGUCCAGAGUCCUCCAGUGAUCCCCAUUACCCUGACCAAUGCUACGGGCGCGACCGCUCCGCGAACCACCUGGACUCGAGACGAGGUCAAGCAGAUCUAUGAGACCCCAUUGAGCCAACUUACAUAUGCGGCGGCCGCCGUUCACCGUCGCUUCCAUGAUCCCGCAGCCAUCCAAAUGUGCACCUUGAUGAAUAUCAAGACUGGUGGGUGCAGUGAAGACUGCUCGUACUGUGCCCAGUCAUCCAAACAUAACACCGGCUUGAAGGCUACCAAGAUGAGCCCGGUGGACGAGGUCCUCACCAAGGCUCGCAAUGCGAAGGCCAAUGGAAGUACUCGAUUCUGCAUGGGCGCAGCGUGGCGUGACAUGCGUGGCCGCAAGACCAGUCUCAAGAACGUAAAGCAGAUGAUUUCAGGAAUUAGGGAGAUGAACAUGGAGGUCUGCGUGACCCUGGGCAUGAUCGAUGAGAACCAGGCCAAGGAGCUGAAGGAGGCUGGCCUGACCGCAUACAACCACAACCUGGAUACCUCGCGUGAAUUCUACCCUACCAUCAUCACCACUCGCUCUUAUGAUGAGCGUCUUAAGACCCUCUCCCAUGUCCGUGAUGCUGGCAUCAAUGUUUGCUCCGGCGGUAUCCUCGGUCUAGGUGAAAGUGACGCCGACCGCAUUGGUCUCCUGCACACAGUCUCUAGUCUGCCCGCCCACCCUGAAUCCUUCCCGGUCAAUGCCCUUGUCCCCAUUCCUGGUACCCCUCUUGGCGACCGCAAGAUGAUUCCCUUCGACCGCUUGCUGCGCACCGUGGCUACUGCCCGGAUCGUCAUGCCUAGUACCAUUGUCCGUCUGGCUGCCGGUCGCAUCGCACUCAGCGAGGAGCAGCAGAUUGCCUGUUUCCAAGCAGGUGCCAACGCUGUGUUCACCGGUGAGAAGAUGCUGACCACUGAUUGCAACGGCUGGGAUGAGGACCGCGUUAUGUUCGAGCGCUGGGGAUAUUACCCUAUGAAGAGCUUUGAGAAGCCAGAGGUCAAGGCUGACACUGCUCCUACUCCGCCUCCUGUGUACCCCGAGGCCACUGCUGCGCCGGCCGCAGCUAGUUCUUAG